AUGGAUGACGCCCCGGUUCCCAAAUUGUCGGAUCUGCUACGGCACCCGGACGAUUUGGACAAGAUACCCGCGCUGAAGCUCGAGCUUUCGCGCAAGAAGAGCGCCGUCGAUGGGCAGCUUCGCAACGGGCUGCGGGAGCAGCUCGAGACGACACAAUCCGGCAUGACGGGCCUCAGCGACGGCCAGAAGGCGGUGCAGCAGAUCAAGGAGGAGAUGAUGAAGAUUGACAAGCUGUGCUCCGAGUCGCAGACCAUGAUCAAGGACUUUGCCAGCAUCAACCUGGUGUCGCAGGCGCACCGCAACUUUGGCGCCGUCGAGGCCAUGAGACGCAACCUCGAGACGUUUAACGAACGCUUGGUCGUGGUGGAGGGGAUGCUGAGGGAUGACGACGAAGAUAGAGAGAACAUGCCGAACCUGCUGCCGUGCCACUACGAGCUGACGCAGCUGCGAAAUAUACGAGACGAUGCCAUGGAGCAGAUACAGAGGGCCGACGACACCAGCUUGGAGUCGACGCUGGAGGACUAUUUUACAAGGCUGGACGAUACCAUCGACUGGUUUGACGAGCACGUUGGACUGCUGGCUAUGAACCUCAUCAACCUCGUUGUUAGCGACAACAACGGCCUGGUGGUUCGCUUUGCCGUCGUCAUGGAGGCGGAAGAGAAGAGUGAUCAGCGCGUCAUGGCGCUGCAGGAAGCACUCAAGGACCACGAGGAAAUGGCGGCACGAUUCCAGGGUAUCACGGACGGUGCCAGAAAGGUCCGCGGCUACAAGGACAAAUUCAUGCAAGCCAUCAAGCUCAGCGCCGAGCAGCAGUUUCAACAGGCUCGGGAGGACUUUCUUGACGAUGCCGAUAGCUUAGAGGCCACAAUGAAGUGGUUCUUCAACGACCUUAAUGCCGUAAAGAUUGGUAUGACGCCGCUCAUGCCGAAGAAGUGGCGGAUCGCAAAGACAUAUGCGGACAUAUAUCACGUUUUGAUGCACGAUUUCCUGAUUGGCAUGGUGGACGAUCCGGAAGCUAGCUCGGCACAUACCCUCUCCAUCAUCAGCUUCCCUGAGAAGUACUACAAGAAGAUGUCCAAGAUAGGCUUCAAGCAAGAAGAUCUAGUACCACACGUUAUUGACAAUCGCGAAGCAGAGCUUGUUCGUGACUUCCGGCAGCUCAUUAUCAAAUUCCUCGACGAAUGGAUCGACCGCAUCUUUGCACAGGAGAAACGCGACUUUGCCGAACGCAACAUCGAAGGCUCUAAUUUGGACCAGGAUGAGUAUGGCUAUUUCCGGACCAAGAACCUCGUGGCCUUGUGGAGGAUGUUGCGCGAGCAGGUCGAGGCGGCCAUCAACUCGCAGCGUACAGACGUGGUCGAAGGUGUCAUCGACGCCAUGUUCCUCCGGCUGCGAAGCCGCCAGCAGUCGUGGCAGCGCAUGUUGGAAGACGAGGCUGUGCGGUACGAGACUGCCAUGUCCGAUCUGGAAGGCUUCCAGGCCCUGCAGGAUUGGCUCGUGGCCACGGCCAACGACCAGAUUGGCGUCAUCGACGACAAUGAAGAGGAGAACCGCCUCGGAUACUUGUCGAGCUUCCGCCUCCAGUUUGAGAGAAACGUCAGCCCGCAGUAUCUCGAGCGUGCCGACCAGGAGCUCAACGCCCUCCGCGACGGCUACGUCGACUUUAGCACCUGGUGCAUCCACAAGUUUGCGCACCUCGUCUUCGCCGUCGACUUCGUGGGCGUCAUGCCAGACUUCUUCACGCCAAAGUGGUAUUCCAACACCGCCAUGAAGCAAAUGGUCGUCACGUUUGAGGAAUACGUCGGCGAGUACCGCCAGGCCCUGCACCACUCCCUCCUCGACAUCUUCAUCGAGAUCUUUGCAGACGAGCUCCUCGUGCGCUACCUAUCCGCCGUGCGCAACAAAGGCGCCAAGUUCCGUCGAUCCGAUCCCUUCCGCGACAAGCUCUUCAACGACAUCGCCACUGCCUUUGAGUAUUUUUCCAACCUGGCCAGCCCCGAGGUCGCCAUGUCCAUCAAGGACACGUGGCGCGUCACCGAACCGUUCUUGGGCUUGCUGUCUGUGGAUAAAGACUCGGUGGCGGAUGAGUUUGCGGCUUUCAAGUCUGCGUACUGGGAUCUGCAGAUUAGCUGGGUCGAGGCCGUGCUGCGGUCCAGAGACGAUUUUGAGAGGAGCAUGCUGAAUGCUGUCAAGGCGAGGGCGGCGCAGAUGGAUAUUGUGAGGGGACCGGAGACGGUGAUGGCCAAGAUCAAAUAA